AAAAAUCAGUGCAUCUACGCAGAGUAAAUCAUCUCAGUCCACAUUAUUUCAGUUCACUUCCAAAUUACAAAAGCACACCAUCACGAGCACUCGUCGAUUUCACACCGGAAGUUGUGGAGUUUGAAUCAACAACACGGUCUUUCGUUAUCAACAUGGCAAUAAUGGGGAAAAGGUGACACAUCGAGGUGAAAGGAGUACUUCAUCAGCAUUGAAGGAGGGUCAACCCUAUGCUGAAGAAACCAUUCCCAAAAGCACUUAGGAUGUCUUGGUUCUCUCACACGCUGCAGGGAUCUGGCCAGCGGCCUCCCUCUCCACAAAGGGCACCCUCUGCUGUGGAGGACCUAUCCUACGCGUGCCUGGCACAGCCUCGCAACGAACCACAGCCUUCUGCUACUCCCGGCUGGCUCUGCAUGGCCACUCACUCAGCUCCCACCAGCCUGGCCCAGUUCCCCUCUGUGCCGAGGGCAACAGCGCCCCCUAGCCUGGAGGACUUGUCCUGCAGCUCCGUGGGUAUGGGGGUGAACGUUGGGCCUGCGCCGCUGUCCUACGUGACCCUGCAGGAGCAGAGGUGUGUCCUCAGCUGGUUCCAGGGGUGGGGGGUUCCCCAGAGGGAACGCUUCCUGCAGGACCUGCUGUCGAAGGCGGUGCCAGGGAAAGUCUGCACCCUACUGGAGCAGCUCAACACACUGCAGGUGCAGGACCACCCGCCGAACAUCUUCGAGUGCCAGCUGCGUUUGUGGUCGCAGUGGUUCGAGUCGUGGAGCGAGGACGAGAGGAACGCCUUCUUGCACACCCUGGAGGAGCGGGACCCCGCGUUCACCGCCCACUUCUACAGGGGUGUGGCUGGGACAGCUGGGCGGGAGUGAGGGAGGACCUGAGGGAGGGAGGGAGGGAGA